UUUGUCAUAUGUUAUCAAACUAAUACUACUGUACUACUAAUCAGAUAUAUUUAAAGUAAAAUUACAUCAUUAUGAAAAAAUGUGUAUUACUACUAGUAUAUUUUUUUGUAAAAACUUUUCGAAAGAGUUACAAAUUACAAUUGGAGUACUAUAUUUCUAUUCUUGACACUACAAAUAAUGUAAUCAGAUUUUGGUUAGCUUUUCAAAAUUUACAUUUUGAUUAUAUUAUAAUAAUUCCACGCCGACCAAGCCCAAUGCACUGAUGAGUUUCUUCCUCAAGCUAGGGUUUGAGUGAGCAGCCGAUUUUAGAUAUUCAUCUCUACUUAUUCACGGCAAUAAUCGCCCAAAAACUGUCGAUCGUAUUGUAAAUCUUCACCGGUUUAGGGUUUGCAAGCAAAGAAGCAUGAUCAUUGGUGGUUAAGUAGCGUCAGCACCCUGCUAUGAUUUAGGAAAUUGAUAAAUUGGACUUGAGUUUUUGAACGAUCACGAACUCCCAACAAUGGCGACCAAGGCAAUACAUGAAGCGCUUACGAAAAAUUCCAACUUUAGCUCCAGAGGCCUAUUCUCCGAAAGCUUUGUGGGUGCUUCAUCCGCCGCCGCCACUUCUUUCGCCAUUGCAAUUCCUUUUGCAUAUCGAGCUUUGUUUGGGGAUGGCCCUAUGCACAUUGCCUAUUGUGAUGCUGGUGCAGUCCUAGAUGAAGAUUUCAGUUCUGUUAUGCAGAGCGGGCAAGUUGGCUAUGUUGAUGCAUCUGUUGGUGUGAAGAACAGUAAAAGUUUUUCGACUUGGAAUACUUUCGGGAAUGAAGUAAGAGACAGUUUCAAGCAGUAUGACAUCCAGCUGAAACCACUCUUCUCAGCAUUUCAUUGGAAAAAUUUUGGCCUGACAUCAUUGAGGUCUUUUAUGUUAUUCUAUUUGCCUCUUUUGGAACCCCGUCCACCCAGAGAAGAUGACGAGGAAGAUUUUCUAGUUGAGAAUCCAGAAGAACAUCAUGUAGAUUUGGUUGAGCCAUUUAAGAAAUCAGUGAUACAAAUAGCGCGUGAGACGAGUGUGGUUACCACAAGGCGUAUCCUCGAAAGACUUGCUGUUCAUUUUGCUUCACAACGCAUAGCAUGGAAACUUCUCAAGGAUGUUCCCAAAUCCGCAAUUCGGAAGGCAGCAAGGAAAAUGCCAACUUGUACAUUCUGUUUCUGUGUCAGCAGAACCACCCUCAGAGGACAUCUCCUCGGAGUUGUAGCUUCGUGGGCUGUUCAAGUUGGCGUCAAUAUAUAUGGAUUUCUUUACACUAUAACUAAAUCCAAGAAUGACAGUGAUGCAACAAUUGAUACAGCCGAGGAAAUUAAGACACUCGGAAAGAAGGUUUAUGGUACCAGUGUCCGAUGUGUUUCCUCACUCGUUUUUGCAUCUAUCGGAGCUGGCAUUGGAGCUACGUUGAUUCGUCCCUCAACGGGGCAGUGGGUUGGGUGUUUGCUCGGGGAUUUAGGAGGACCGAUUAUCGUUACAUUCGGUUUUGAGAAACUUGGUUGGGUACUCUGAAGGCUCGUAUCAACAGAGAGAAGAAUCGCUCCUGCAGACAGACACUUAUAUUUUUUUACUGGCACUUUUUCAUUUUUUUUGCUCUGCGCUGGUUGAUUGUAACGUAUAAAUGGAGUGAUUUAUUUCAAAAGAAAUAAAAUUGAAUUAUUUACUCA